CAUAAUUGUGUAUUGCAUUAUUAAAAUUCAUUCUGCACUAAGUAUAAAACAAUUUGAACUUUAGAACUCCACAACAGCAUGGCUGAUGUUUUAGAACUCGACAAUGCGGAAGAAUUUGAGGUAGACGACGAGGGUGACCAGGGUAUAGCACGAUUGAAAGAAAAGGCAAAGAAGAGGAAAGGCAGAGGUUUUGGUGCUGAGAAGACUGCCAGAGAGGAGAUCAGAGAUUAUGAGUCUAUGGAUGUGGAUGAGGACGAGGACCCUGGUCCACAAAGAUCUGUUGAAGGAUGGAUUCUGUUUGUCACGUCCGUUCACGAAGAAGCUCAGGAGGACGAUAUACAUGACAAGUUCUCAGAAUUUGGAGAAAUCAAAAACAUUCAUCUGAAUUUGGAUCGGAGAACUGGUUUCCUGAAGGGUUACGCUCUAGUGGAGUAUGAGUCGUACAAAGAAGCUGCAGCUGCCAGAGAAGCUCUCGAUGGUUCUGAUAUUCUUGGUCAAAAGAUCGGAGUUGAUUGGUGUUUUGUCAAAGGUCCAAAAAAGACCAGAAGAAGUCGAAGAAGGAGAUAAACCAUGGACAUUUAACAUGUUAUAUGUAUUUUAAGAUGUUUAGUUUGUAAUGUAACAAGAGUUUAGUUAAGAGUUUAUGAAGUGACAUUUCGUUUAUGUGAUUUUUUUGUGUACUCAUCAACAAUUCUAAAGUCAUUAUUGUAAUAUACAAAUUACAGGAAAUAUCGUAAUAACCUGAAGAAAAUGUAUAGUAAAUUAAGUCACCAAUUUUGCAUUUUACUGUUGUAAAACCAAUUCAAUAAAUAUGUUUAUUUAAUUA